CUCGAGCCUCGGCGUUGUUUGGGGACCGUCAGUCAGUCGGUCGGUCGGUCGGUGGGAGGAAGAUGGCGGCGCCUCCGCUGUAUUGUGUCUGCCGGCAGCCGUACGACGUGAGCCGGUUUAUGAUCGAGUGCGACAUUUGUAACGACUGGUUUCACGGCAGCUGUGUUCAAGUCGAAGAACAUCAUGCGGUGGACAUCGACGUUUAUCACUGCCCUAACUGUGAAGUUCCACACGGACCCUCCCUGAUGAAGAAGCGAAAGAAUUGGCACAGGCACGACUACACGGAGCCGGACGACGGCAGCAAGCCCGUGCAGGCCGGGACCCUGGUGUUCGUGCGCCAGCUGCAGGACAGGACCUUCGCCAGCGCCCAUGAGGUUUUGAUGAAGAUGCAUGGGACUCAGGUGACGCAGCGCUACCUGGAGAGACACGGCUUUCGUUACCCCAUUGCAGUGCCUCAGAAAGAUGGGCUCGGGCUCCAGCUUCCCUCUUCAGACUUCUCUGUCAACGAUGUGGAACGAUAUGUUGGCGGCGACAAAGUGAUAGACGUGAUCGACGUCGCGAGGCAAGCCGACAGCAAGAUGAAGCUGAAAGAGUUCGUCAAGUAUUACUACGGUCGCCAACGACCGAAGGUGCUCAACGUCAUCAGCCUCGAGUUUUCCGACACCAAGAUGUCCGAGCUAGUGGUGGUCCCUGACAUUGCACAGAAGAUGUCCUGGGUGGAGAACUACUGGCCUGAUGACUCCUACUUCCCCAAACCCUUCGUACAGAAGUACUGCCUCAUGGGGGUGAAGGGCAGCUACACGGAUUUCCACAUAGACUUCGGGGGCACGUCCGUGUGGUACCACGUGCUCUGGGGGGAGAAAAUAUUUUACCUGAUCAAGCCUACUCCAAACAACCUCGCUCUGUAUGAGGAGUGGAGCUCAUCACCCAACCAGAGUGAGGUGUUCUUCGGUGAGAAAGUGGACAAGUGCUACAAGUGCGUCGUCCGGCCGGGAACCACCCUGUUCAUCCCAACAGGAUGGAUCCAUGCGGUUCUGACCUCGGAGGACUGCAUGGCAUUCGGAGGGAACUUUCUUCAUAACCUUAACAUCGGCAUGCAGCUCAGGUGUUAUGAGAUGGAGAGGCGACUAAAGACUCCAGACCUCUUUAAGUUUCCUUAUUUUGAAGCUAUAUGCUGGUAUGUGGCCAAGAACCUCCUUGAGACCCUCAGAGAGCUGCGAGAAGAUAACUGUCUGCCUCCUAAUUACUUGACUAAAGGAGUAAAAGCUUUAAUUAGCGCACUGAAGACCUGGCUGAGGAGAGAGGUCACAGAGCCUGCCAGCGAAGUCCCCGAUCAUAUCAGACCCAACCAUCUCAUUAAGGAGCUCUCCAAGGAAAUACGUCACUUAGAGGACGAUCAGAACGGAAACGGUGGGAACAAGCCUAUGAAAUCUCAGGGAAGUUUAGCGUGUCCUACCACCAGGUUGUCUCACGAGAGAAUGUCCCAGAAGCGCAAGAACGCCAGACGGCUUCGGCAUCACCCUCAGCACCACCACCAUCACUCUCACGUGCCCAAAGCUCCAUCUAACCUGGACAUCUUUGAGCAGCACACUCAGGAGGUCCUGAAGAGGCUGGAGAUGAGGCCCUUUGAGGAAGAUGCCUCCGUCAGCCUGAAGGUCAAGUUCAACAAGGUGUCCACAGCCUCCGCAGCAGCUGCUGAGAGCAAGCUGGUCAACCAAAUGCGUCUGGUGAUGUACAAUGGCCGCAUUAUCAGAGACAACAGGUGGCACGUAUGGAAAAAGAACCUGGCUGCCAAAGAGGAACCGGAUGAUCAGAAGAGGUACACAUUAAAGAUGAAGGCUGUAGUGAAAGAGGAGGAAGAGGAGAUGGAGGUGGUGAUGAAGGAGAAGCAGAGCUGCAUAGCAGGUCACAGGAAGCCCAGCCCUCUUAGAGAGCCGUGUCAGAGUGAGAGCUCAGAUCUAAGGAACGGUGACGCAGGACACACCGACGCCUCGUCAGACUCCGAGUCAGAGCAACGCUACACUACACAGAAGGAGCUGCCAUCAGGAGAACACUCUGAGAGCUCGUCAAGCGACGAGGAAGAAGAGCAGGAAGUGGUAAGAAAGAUGGUUUCACCCCAGAGCACAACACACAAGUACAACUCCAGCAGCGCAGCAGAUCCCACCCACCUACACCAGCCCCUCGGACACCACAACAAACCCUGGCAAAGAGACCCUUCUACCUCACCAAGCGCAGAGGAGGACGCUAUCCAGGGCAUGCUGUGUAUGGCAGGGCUGCUGUACCCUUACCCAUCAGAGGAGGGCGCCAGCUCACAGGAGUCCUGGUGGUCCAGUCAUCCGUCCCCUGAAUACACCGGAAAGGAAGCUGCGUCCGGAGAGGAGAACCCUGAUUCAGACAGCAACUCCACAAUCAGCAGCCAGGACGAGCGGCAGGCGCCGGAGCACCACGGCAGGGAGAACCAGACCGAGCGGAACCAGAGGUUACAGGUCAAACAGCGCUUCAUGGACAGUCAGGGCAGUGGGAACAGCAGCAGCAGCAGCAGCAGCGAGGCCUGGGGCAGCCACACACACUCACCUCAGGGUGAGGAAAGCCCCGAGUCGCGCUAUCAGUACGGCGAGACGCCACUUUCCCCGAUCCUGCACCCAACCAAAAGACCUGCUACAAACCCCCCACCCAUCAGCAACCAGGCCACCAAAGGGAAACGGCCCAAGAAAGGCAUGGCCACGGCCAAACAGAGACUGGGAAAAAUUCUCAAGCUCAACAGACAUAAAACGUUCUUCGUGUAGCGGCGAGAGAGACGGAGAGAGAGAGAGAGAGAGAGAGAGAGAGAGAGAGAGAGAUACGGAGGUUUUUACGUCGCAGACCCGUGUGUUGUGAGGAUAAACAGGGUAUUUCAAGAGCACAGUUUUUAAACACUGAACAUGUCGGAAGUCUGAUGACGGCUGAUGGACUUUGUUUCAGCUUUACAUUUUACAUAAACGUAUCACAUGAAGCAUUUCACAUCACGGUCCAAAGACACGGCGCGCUCCCAGAACCGGAGCCGAGGUCGUGUCGACGAUGAGAAACGUCCCGUUAAGGUUCCUCUCCGACCUCUCGGGCGAUGGCGUGAGUGCGAUGAACCGAUUUUCUAAUAUGGUGCUUGACUUGCGUCAGGGAGGUCUGAGACUCGACCCUCGACGACUUCUUUCCUCCGUCUCCUCGGCUUCUAAAAUCUUCCCUGUUCAGACCACCCUGACCUCUUCAGCUCCUCUCCGAGCAGGGAUGCCAAGGCGGCUUCAAUCAGCCAAUCAGGUUCUCAUGUAUUUGUUUUGAUUUUUUUUUUUUUUUUUUUUUUUUUUUUUUAAUUUUAUAAAAGGAAAAGGUAUUUUUCUGAAGACUUUUUUACACCUACAGAUUCCAUAAGUAGUCAGUAAUAAGUUUUCUAGCGCCCCCUCGUGGCGGCUGGAGAUAAAAUCACAGGAAACAAGUUUCGGCAGGUGAUUACGGGGACAUUUGAAGGUGCCCUGCCACACGUAUUUCUUAAGUUUAAUUAUGUCUGAAGUUUACCAUGGACUCUGUAACAUUUGUUUGUGGAAAAAAUGCCUUGUUUCAAGCCAUUCUAGUGUGGUAUAGAAAGCCUGCAGGAAGACUCAGCUCGAUUUGCGCCAGUUCUCAUGAAUAUUCAAAUGAGCUAUGCUGCUUGGCUCUGAUUGGCUAACCGCUAGGAUAUGAGCGCAUGACUAUUCAUUCACCCACACAAUAAGUAGCCUAGGCUAGAGGAAAUUUGUUUACAAUCACCUUGAAUUGCGGCAGAACGGCUUCUUCACGAGCCCGUUGACGUUCAGCCAUCCUUUCUGUAUAGGAAACUCACUGAGCUACACGAAUUCUGGGGGCGCGGUCUCAAGUGGGAGAGCUCAUGAAUAGUAAUGAGCUCAAUCAUUACUACGUCACACUGUGCAGCUUUUCCAACUGACCUGAUUUCUCCCCUUAUUUCUUUUAAGUGGCUAGAACUGACCGGGGAGGUAGAAGUUCGUUUUCACAUUCACUACACAACACAAACACAUAUGGACCUAACACAUAUCAAAAAAUACAAGUAAAAACGGUUUUGUGUGGAAGGGCACCUUUAAGAGAUUUCCCACCUAAUUUAUUACAAUUUGUACAAUUUGUUUCUUCCGUUUGUUCGUUUGGAUUUGUUUGACUUACCACUUUGUUUGACUUUUCCUAUUGCUUGUUAAAUGGUGUAUUUAUUAUUGCGUGAACGAUCGUUUUAUUCCGAUGUGAAACGCCGUUCGGGUUUUCUACAGAAGAAGAAACGAGGCGGAUGUCGUCAUGGCUAUAACGUCUCAUGAUCUACAGCUUCAUCAAAUUUCUCUUCAGACUGUAAGCUUCAGAACAGAAAUUAGCCUAGACCUGCGCAAAAGAGAACGUUCUCUAUAAAUAAAACGUCUGUAGAUGUUACGUUUCGGGGAGCGUCGAUCCCGUCUGCUCGCGUGGCAGACUUCUAGUUCAGGACGCGGCACGGCAUACGCAGGGGUGCCAAUAAUUACGCUUCAGCUGGCAAACUUCCGCAGAGAAAUACGUUCCUCGUUCUUUACGAUGGUGUAACUCAGAGGUCACUGUUAGGACACAGAAUUGGUUACCAUGGUGAUUCAGAGGCACUUGCGCAACGCAAUGACGCAACAACAUGAAACAAAGGAACGUCACAAUGCUUUAAGACAAAUAUUUAGAGAAUAAAGCUUUCUCUAUGUUCAGUUGUGGCUAAUAAUAAUAAUAAUAAUAAUAAUAAUCUGGUGGUGUUCUUUAUUUUUGAAGCACAUUGCUUUGUUUUCAUCGCAGCAUUCAGUCUCAGUAUUACGACUUUAUUCCUAAAAUGUCACGAUUCUCAAAACAUUCCAACAUUUACUCUUGAAAUGUAUUACGGCUUUAUAUACGGCUCUUGUAAUAUUAUAACUAUGCUCAAAAUAUUGUGACUUUUUUUCGUCUUCCUUAUAUUCCAGCUUGGUUCCGAAUUUUAUCAUCAAACUAUCAUAUUUUCUUAUUUCAACAGUGGCCCUAAAACACUGUCUUACAAAAUUUGAAGGAAGAAAAAAGUGAAGACCACGAGGUGAAGACCACGAGGUGGUGGUCUGAAAUCAGGGGGAUGUGAUUUACUACAACAAAUCAGCAAAUAUCUCUGAAUAAGACUCUGAAUAAAAGUGCCAUUUCAUGAUACUGUUCUCUAAUUAUAGUUUCCUGUUAGAAGUUUUGGCACCCAAGCGUAUGUUCCGUGUGGUUAUGACGACCGCCGGGUGGUGUGAUUCAGCUCCGGUUAUUAAAGCUCCUUCACAACGCUCGCCGUUUUAACCUUUGCGUCCGUCUCGUUUUCUCCGCUCUCUACAGUCAGAGCUUUGUUGCCUCUCCAGUCAACAGAGUCUGAACCGGUGCUGAAUAUUAUAAAAAAAAAAAAAAAAAAAAAAAGAAUAGCUUUUUUUUUAUUGGUGUAGAAAUUCAGGGGGAUUUUUGACGCUUUUGACAUCGAGUUGAAUUUGGCUCCUCAUCUUUUUACGCAGAAUCGAGAGUAUUUAUUUUUCUACGUCUGAAUUUGUGCGAGGAGAAAAAAAAAACAACACUGCGACCAACAACGUGUGGAUUUUGUUUGAAAGAUUGCGUGACGUGUGUGUGUGUGUGUUUCCGUACAAUCUGAACAAACUCGGGUAAUUGUCAGGUUAAAGCUCAAGGCCCCUUUUUCUCGAAUGCCAAAUAAGGUCACCGAGUCCAUUUCUGCGGUAAAGCUCCGCUCUGCCCCGACACUGUCUCAGAGACUCGAGGCAGCGUGUCUUCUCUCUGCGUUCAACACGAACCGUCCUCCAAUUCAACCGUCUUCGUUUGAUCAGUAUUCAUCAGGGGAAAAAAAAAAAAACCAAAACACUUCUUCUCCAGGCAAUAAGACAAGCUUCCAGGCUCAGGGCUUAUGUGACUGUUUUUAAACAGCGCAGCUUUUGAGAUUUUAUAGCACAAACCGGUCGGAUCUCGGAGGCGAGAUCUCGAAAACGACGCCACGAUUCCCUCCAGGACGGAGUCUCUCAAGUCAUCGAGCAUGCUCAUCAACAAUCCUUUAUUUAUUACGGUGCUAAUUUGUCCGAUCAGUACUCCAGCCAAAGUGUGUGUGUUUCCUGUACUGUUGGGAUGAUGAUUUGUUUGACGGUAUGCAUGAAGUUCGAAUCGUUUCCUCUAACAAGCUACCACGCACUACACAUGUCCACCUUCCUCUUCACAUACUUCCUGUCACGUCCGUAUCAUCAUCAUCAUCAUGCAGUACUUUUGCUUGUACAGUAUUUAUUCAUCGUUCUCGUUUAUUUUUCAAUAUCCUUUUGUUCUACUCAGUUUUACACCGAAUAAAAGGUUUGUUGGUUCCUUCAUUAGUUUUGAUACCGAAAAUUAUUAUUAUUUUUUUUUAAUUUAAUUUUUAUUUGUCGAAUCGUUUGUCACACUGUAAGAAGUCGCGUUGGAGUUUUCAAGAUGUUUCAGUCGUACAAUGUGGCCUGUAUAUAUUAAAAGAUUUAUGAGUGAA